CACAUGGUGCAGAAUCUUUCCACCCCUAGACUCCAAAAACCCAAUCAGACAAGCGGCCGUAAUCUGACUCCCAGCUCACUGGGAGCCGCGGGGCUGGCAAUGAGGGCGGCACUCUGGCCAGGAGAGGCAUGAGUGACAGACCCGCAGCGAGGCGGUGGGGUAAGUGUGGACCUCUGUGUAGAAGAGAGAGUAUCAUGGUGGCCUUCAAAGGGGUCUGGACUCAAGCUUUCUGGAAGGCAGUCACCGCGGAAUUUCUGGCUAUGCUCAUUUUUGUCCUCCUCGGCCUGGGAUCCACCAUCAACUGGGGUGGAGCAGAAAAGCCCUUACCCGUCGACAUGGUUCUCAUCUCCCUUUGCUUUGGACUCAGCAUCGCCACUAUGGUCCAGUGCUUUGGCCACAUCAGUGGGGGCCACAUCAACCCAGCUGUGACGGUGGCCAUGGUGUGCACCAGGAAGAUUAGCAUCGCCAAGUCUGUCUUCUACAUCGCAGCCCAGUGCCUGGGCGCCAUCAUUGGAGCCGGGAUCCUCUACCUGGUCACGCCUCCCAGCGUGGUGGGGGGUUUGGGGGUCACCACGGUUCAUGGAAAUCUUAGCGCUGGUCACGGUCUCCUGGUGGAGUUGAUAAUCACCUUUCAGUUGGUGUUUACAAUUUUUGCCAGCUGCGAUUCCAAACGGACCGAUGUCACGGGGUCGAUAGCUUUAGCAAUUGGAAUUUCUGUUGCAAUUGGACAUUUAUUUGCAAUCAAUUACACUGGGGCCAGCAUGAACCCUGCCCGAUCCUUUGGACCUGCAGUUAUCAUGGGAAACUGGGAAAACCACUGGAUAUAUUGGGUUGGACCAAUAAUAGGAGCUGUCCUCGCGGGUGGCCUUUAUGAGUAUGUCUUCUGUCCAGAUGUUGAACUCAAACGUCGUUUUAAAGAAGCCUUCAGCAAAGCUGCCCAGCAAACAAAAGGGAGCUACAUGGAGGUGGAGGACAACAGGAGUCAGGUAGAGACCGACGACCUGAUUCUGCAAACCCGGAGUGGUGCACGUGAUCGACAUUGAUCGGGGUGAGGAGAAGAAGGGGAAAGAGCCAUCUGGAGAGGUGUUAUCUUCAGUAUGACUAGAGGACAGCACUGAAAGCAGACAAGAACCCUUAGAACUGUCCUCAGAUUUCCUUCCACCCAUUAAGGAAACAGAUCUGUUAUAAACUAGACAUGUACAGGUUUGUCGUUUCAUGUCAUAUUACUUAAUCUAGACAGUGCAUAUUUCGUUAUUUACCAAGGAGGAAUGGAAGAAACCUAUCAUGAAUUUCAAAUCUAAAAAAAAAAAAAUCUUUUGAAAAAUAUCCCCAAAGCAAAUGUCUAUCUAGCUUAUCUAUCUGCCAUUCAUUCACAGUCAAUUUAAAAUGUGUACCACGAUUUUGUUAAGCCUUGCCUGACAAAGCUUACAGACAUACCUAUCAACUUAUUCCUUCGCCACCAUGAAAUUGGUAUUGUCAAUCCUCACCUGAGUAUUUCUUCUGUUAAAUCAAGUUUAUCAGUGGCAAAAUGUAGUGUGUCAAAGAGUUAUGCACAUUCAAGAGAGAAAAUAGAACAAACUCUUUUGCAGACAAUCCCUGUUUAUAAACUACCUCGGCAAAA